CUGUGCUCAGGGGGCAGGUUAAACAAAAAAAUGUCUCAUCUACGCACACAAGUUAAACAAGAAAAACAACUCAUGAACAUCCAGGAAGCACAUGAAACGAUUGCACAACCUGUGUGCUCUGUGUGCAACAACACAAGACCAAAAUUUGAAUGCAACAAAAAGAGAGACUUCACCUAUGCUGAGCUGUAUGCAUCCACACAAGGCUUUUCCCCAAAGAAUUUUCUGUCUGAAGGGGGGUUUGGUUCUGUCUACAAAGGGACGUUGUAUGGACAGAAGGUUGCUGUUAAGCUACUUAAACUUAUGUGUGCAAACCACAAAGGAGAGAAGGAAUUCAAGUCUGAAGUUGAUGCACUCAGCAAAGCAAGGCAUGAGAAUGUGGUCAAACUGUUAGGAUCAUGCACCGAAGGGAAUCAUAGACUUCUUGUCUAUGAAUAUGUCUGCAAUGGUUCAUUGGACCAACACUUAUCACAACAUUCUCGUAAACCUCUUAGCUGGAAGGACAGGGUGAAAGUAGCUAUUGGAGCCGCCGAAGGAUUGCUAUACCUGCAUGAGAACAACAUCAUACAUAGAGACAUGACACCAAACAACAUUCUUCUUACACAUGAUUAUGAUGUAUUGCUAGGGGAUUUUGGUUUGGCUAGAACCGUACUCGAAGAUUCCUCAUACUCCACUGACUGUGUUGGGAAUCUGACUUAUAUGGCACCAGAAUAUGCAGAAUUUGGUAAAGUGUCAACUAAGACAGAUGUGUAUUCCUUUGGGGUGGUUCUGCUACAGCUAAUAACUGGAAUGAGGACCACAGACAAACGAGUUGGAGAUAAAGGUCUAGUGGGAUGGGCUAGACCACUACUAAAAGACUGGAAAUGCCAAUCACUUAUUGAUGGAAGGAUGAUAAACUCUCAUGACUGCCAUCAACUCUAUUGGAUGAGCCGUCUUGUUGGAAAUUGUCUCCAGAGAGAUCCUCAAAAGAGAUUGAAUAUGAAUACAGUGGUCAGAGCUUUAAAUCAGAUAGGCCAAGGUUGUAGCUGCAUUGUGCGGAUAGACCAUACGCUUGCCGAGUCAAGCCAUUCUAUUCCAAAAGAUGAUAUACGGAGCUCUUAAGAAUCAGAAGGUGGAAGUUAAACUACUUUGAAUAAACUUCUUCAUAAACACUUCUAGCAAAAGAAAAUAAGAAGAAAAUAUAAAACAAACUUUUCUAUAAACUAAAAUUAACUUACACAUAAAUUAAAAAUCAUGUUUUAGAAAAGUUAAUAUGAGAGAAUUUUUAUAAAUUAACUUAUGGGCAUAAGCUAAUUUUAGAUUAUGAAAAAAGUCAUUUAAUUUUUUCUUCUUAUUAUUUUCUCUUAGAAAUACUUAAGAAAAAUUUUACCUGAACAUGUCCAUAGGAAUUGUGGAUCGCAUAGGUAACACAAGAAAGCAAAAGAAAAUAGAUUGUGGAUCGCAUAGCUUAAUGCUGGCUUCAAAGCCUUCAACCCCCUAUCCCCAAAACACAAUGCCUUAAGAAGAGUUUAAUUAUGUCCUAUAGUUUCUCAUUGCCAACAUCAUUAUUCAAUGUUAUUAGUUCGUAUUAAGCUGCUAGCUAGAAAAGUUUGAAUUGAUUCUCAAUAUCAUUCCUCCAUGUAUGAUGUAACAAUUCCUUACGCAAAUUCCACUAUAAUGUUAACGUUAACAUAUCAUAUUCAUAA